CUCAAAUAUCACUUUCUCUGCAUAUUAUUAUCGAGAUGCGCGUGUAGGAUAAAGACCGAGGCAGCUCUUGCCCAGCCUCACUUUUUCAUUUUCUUGUAAAAACCCCACUUCUCAAAAUCCUCUCUUUGUAAAGAAGAAAAAAAGCAAAAUAAACCUCAUUUUGUUGUCACUUUAACAACAAGAAGAAAAAAAAUUAUCUUGAUGAGUGAGAGAGGAGGCUCUCUGUGAGAAGAGAGCCUGCCUGUUCAUGCAAACGAUCAAAACCCCACCUUUUUUAUUCCAAGAAACUAUUUUCUCUUGUGGGCUUUUCUUUUUCUUAUCCCUGAUAAUUUGUUUUGGAAUUUAAAUGGCCCUUUGUUUGCACAGAGAGAGCAAUAGUAGUGGAAGCAAUAAUAGCAGCAAGCAGCAGCAAAUGGAUGCUGGGAAGUACGUGAGGUACACGCCCGAGCAAGUGGAGGCUCUUGAGAGGGUUUAUGCUGAGUGCCCAAAGCCAACUUCUUUGAGGAGGCAACAGCUCAUCAGGGAGUGUCCCAUUCUUUCUAACAUUGAGCCUAAGCAAAUCAAAGUUUGGUUUCAAAAUCGAAGAUGCCGUGAGAAACAGAGGAAAGAAUCCUCUCGUCUCCACUCUGUUAACAGGAAACUAACCGCCAUGAACAAGCUGCUAAUGGAAGAAAAUGACCGAUUGCAAAAGCAGGUUUCGCAUUUGGUUUAUGAUAAUGGGCACAUGCGCCAAAAGCUACAGACUACUGUGAGCAAAACUACUACUACUGAUACAAGCUGUGAGCCGGCCGUUAAGAGCGGUAGGCAAAAACAGCAAAACCCAACACAUCAGCAUCCUCAGACAGAUGCUAAUAGCCCAGCUGGUCUCCUUAGUGUUGCUGAGGAGACCCUGACACAGUUCCUUGGUAAGGCUACUGGAACUGCUGUUGAUUGGGUGCAGAUGAUUGGGAUGAAGCCUGGUCCGGAAUCUAUUGGCAUCAUUGCUGUUGCCCGCAACUGUAGUGGAAUAGCCGCACGAGCUUGCGGCCUCGUGAGUCUCGAGCCCACAAAGGUUGCUGAAAUAUACAAAGAUCGAAUGUCUUGGUAUCGUGAUUGCCGGUGCCUUGAUGUUGCAAGCAUUAUCCCCACAGGAAAUGGGGGUACAAUCGAGCUUAUAUAUAUGCAGACUUAUGCGCUCACAACUUUAGCAUUGGGUCGUGAUUUUUGGACUCUGAGAUACACUACCACUUUGGAAGAUGGCAGUCUUGUGAUUUGUGAAAGAUCAUUAACUUCAUCGACUGGUGGUCCAAACGGACCCAACUCUAACUGCUUCGUAAGAGCUAAAAUGCUACCGAGUGGUUGUUUAGUACGUCCUUGUGAAGGUGGUGGCUCGAUUAUCCACAUUGUUGACCACAUUGACUUGGAUGCAUUGAGUGUUCCUGAAGUGUUAAGGCCACUGUUCGAAUCGUCGAAAAUCCUCGCGCAAAAGAUGACUAUUGCCGCCUUUCGUCAUAUCAGGCAGAUUGCUCAAGAAAUCAGUGGAGAGAUCCAAUGUAGUAGUAAUGGCCGCCAGCCUGGCGUGCUCAGGGCAUUAAGUCAACGAUUGUGCCGGGGCUUUAAUGAUGCUGUUAAUGGGACUGUUGAUGAUGGUUGGUCUGUAAUGGAUAGUGAUGGUUUGGAUGAUGUCACCAUAGCCAUUAAUUCAUCACCGAGCAAGUUUUGCGGUUCUCAGUUUAACUCACUUUCUAUGCUCCCGACUUUUGGAGGCGUUCUUUGUGCACGAGCUUCCAUGCUUCUUCAGAAUGUGCCUCCUGCUUUGCUUGUCCGUUUCUUGAGAGAGCACCGUUCGGAAUGGGCUGAUUAUGGGGUUGAUAUUUACUCGGCUGCUUCUCUCAAGUCGAGUCCUUAUGCAGUUCCUUGUACAAAACUCGGUGGUUUUCCGAGCAGCCAAGUUAUUUUACCGCUUGCACAAACUGUAGAACACGAGGAGCUCUUGGAGGUUGUUCGUUUGGAGGGCCAUGCAUUCUCACCUGAGGACAUAGCUUUGUCUAGAGAUAUGUACUUAUUACAGGAUGGGCCAAAUGGGACUCGGACUUUGGAUUUGGCUUCGACUCUUGGGGUUCGUUCGGCAGGUGAAGAAGUUGAUGCGAAUGUUAAUCAAAAUUCGAGGUCCGUUUUAACAAUUGCUUUCCAAUUCGUUUUCGAGAGCCAUUAUCAAGAAAAUGUAGCUGCUAUGGCUCGUCAAUACGUACGAAGUAUAGUUGGCUCGGUUCAAAGAGUUGCAAUGGCUAUUGCCCCUUCUCGACUUGGAUCGGAUAUUGUUCCGAAACCACCUGAAAAUUCACCCGAGGCUUUAAUGCUUGCACGAUGGAUUUGUAGGAGCUAUAGGUUGCAUACUCGGAGAAAGCUAUUUCAAGUCGAUUCGCAAUCGGGAGAAGAUUCUGUUUUGAAAAAACUAUGGAAUCACACAGAUGCUAUUAUGUGCUGCUCGGUUAAGAUGAAUUCGUCUGCAGUUUUUACAUUUGCGAACCAAUCGGGUCUCGACAUGAUGGAAACAACUCUAGUGGCCCUUCAGGAUAUAAUGCUCGAGAAGAUUCUAGAUGAAUCCGGUCGCAAGAUUCUCCUCUCAGAGUUCUCUAAUAUCAUGCAACAGGGUUUUGCGUAUUUGCCAGCUGGAGUUUGUGUUUCGAGCAUGGGUCGACCCGUAUCUUACGAACAGGCUAUUGCAUGGAAGGUUCUUAACGAUGAUGACUCGAAUCACUGCUUGGCUUUCAUGUUUAUGAAUUGGUCUUUUGUGUAACUGAAUUUAUUUACUAUUCGCAUUCGAACGAUUUAGCAUUAAGUUAUUUUGUGAAUCUUUAUUUUGGCAAAACCCUAAAGUUGUUUUGAACACUCAUAUUAGGGUUUGUACUGAACUAAUUAGACAUAUAUGCUAAGGUAAACUUAAAUCACUCUAUUUUGAAUGUCAUAUGUUUGUUCAAG